AUGGCCUCUCUGAGUGGUAUCCGCGAUCUGUACGAGCGAGCCAAGACGGUGACAACGUACCGUCGAUCGGACUCGCCGGCGCCGUUCUGGUCGCCCGUCGACAGCGCCGUGCCGGAAGGGUUCCAGAUCUCCCGAUCGACCUUUACGGUGUCCGUCUCGCCCUUCUCGACGCUGUCCUUCACCUCAUCUGGGCGACAUGCCAAAGGGACGUUGUUGUACAUGCAUGAGGGUUCGCUCACGACGGUCGAGACGAUCAUGUCGGCGCAGUUGCCGGACUACGAUGAGCGCUACGAUCAGACGGGUGCCGCUGUGACUUCGAGCGACUCCAAGGAAGCGAGCCAUGUCAAGGUCGUCGUCGAGGCACGACACAACAGCGAGGAGCUGUUACGAUUGUGCAAGAUCGGGACCGUGCAAAAGGAACUCGAAGGGGGCAUCUAUAUCGAGGUGAGUUAUUUCACACUGAAUGCUAUUCGACUUGAUCCCCCUCCAGCGGACAAGCGACCCGGAGGCUCCGGGACUUUCUCUGAUCGUCAGGCCACCCCACACUCGGGGUUCUCAAUCUGGGACGGGACCUAUCUCCGGCCGCGCCGGCCGUAGGGGCCCCGCCUUGCGUGCAUCGCAUUCCAUGAAGUCUGAGCGACUGGGAUCCAUUCCUUUGCUAUAUAACUAACCACUCGUUUGCUUUCCCUUCAUACUCGCGCUUAUCGCAGACCCCUGAAGAGUCUGCUCGGGGCACUCUCGCUGGCGCCUCCAUCUCGUUCCACAUAACCUUUGAGCUUCCCGUUGCCGUGAAGGCGCUUGAUACUCUCAGGGUCUCGUCGAACCAGUUCCGCAUCCUCUUUGACCCAUCGCUCUCGAAUUUGGCUAUUGCGAACCUCGAGCUGUCGACUUCCGAUGGGCCGAUACGUCUCGAUCUCGUCCGCGUCGGCCGAGCCAAGAUCGUCAACCUCAACCGGCUUGACCCGAGAAAGUCGAGCCUAACGAACCACAGCGAUCUCAUCUCGGGUCGCAUCGUUGCUUCCGACGAUUUGGUACUCGACUGUUCGAACGGUCCUAUCUCCGGAACCUACACGACGACUUAUCCGAACGCACCGCUGGCGAUCAAAACGGUCAACUUUGACAUUCGAGAUGUGGCGGUGCGCUCGGCGGGAGGGAUCUACGUCUCCAACACGAACGCGUCCAUCACGGGUUACUUCUUUGCGAAAGAGUUGUUGACGAUCGAGACCCAGCAUGGUAAGGUCGGUGACGCCAAUUCGACGUUCAGAGGCGAACGCGGCGUGCGAAUUACGACCGCGGCGGCCGGCAUCAAUGGUCGAUUCGAAGUCGCCAAGGAGUUAGCGAUCAAGUCCUCGUCGAUGCCGAUCGAUGCGCAUGUGUCAAUUUUGAGUCGAAGUGCGAUCUCGGAGCAAGCUUCGGUCCUCGCGUCGGCGAACAUCGUGGACCGAGAUCGACCUGACCUAGUGGCUGCGAAAGAUGCGGGGAGAAGCUCGUUUGAACCCCCUUCGUUCGAAACGGCUGUGCGGAAUGGUGCGGGCCAAUCGACUUCGAGAGGGCUCGAGACGUUGACUGUGUUGUGUGAGACCAAGGAUUCCCACGUCAUGUUGGAUUUCAAGAACCACCCGCGAGAGAUUCAACUUACAAGCGAGGUCAAGACGACGGGCGGAGGUCUGGUCAAGGUCACGCAUCCCAAGGAGUUUGUGGGCAGCUUUUCCGUGAGUGAAUCGACACACCAGAAAAUUGUGGGCAGAAGAUGAUUAAUGCUGACUCCUGCCCAUUAUCUUCACAGGUUGCCACCGGCGCCCUCCAACAAGCCGUCCUCGACGUUAAACCCGACGCGGAUUCGGACUCCGAAGUAGCAAACAAGAAGGCCGUCUCGUACAAGAUCAAGAAGCGCGCCGAAAUUGUCGGCACCAUCACAUACGAGGACGAUUCGGUCAAGCCUCGCAAUUCGACCAAGAUCGUCACCAGUGGCUCUGCGGAGCUCGUAGUUGGUUGA